AUGUCGACGCGUCUCACCCAAACGCGCGCGUUCGCGCCCGAACGCGCUGAGCGCCAACGCUUUAAUGUCAACCACAAACUCCAUCGCGUCACGCGCGUCGAUGCGUCCGCGAACGACGCACGAGGCGACGUAAUCACAAUCAAUUUCACCCUGCGAGCGAAAUUGUCAUACGGUGAUUCCUUGCUCGUCGUCGGCGACCACGCCUCUCUCGGGGCUUGGUCACCCGACAAUGCGGUUGCAUUGACGUGGAACGAUGAUGACGUGUGGCGUGGCGCGGUGACGGUGGAUGCGGCGACGCAAUCGGUGGCGUUUAAGUGCGCGACGCGUCGAGCAAGCGGCGGCGUCGAGUGGGAAGGUGGAGAUAACAGAGUGAUUGAAAUCGAACGCGUUGGGGCGUUUGAAGUGAAAGGAGCGUUCGGGAACGGGGCGUUUGAGGUCACGAGUGCAAACGGGACGUCGGUCGAGGCGGAAGUAAGGGCGGUGGACGGUGAUGUGGACGGCGCGGAGGCGGCGGCGACCGGGACGUGGAUGGAGGCGAACGCAAGAGAUAAGUGGGUGGGUGGCAACGUGCGAAUGAUGACUGCAAACGAGCACUCGGACGAGCGUCCGUCGAAGAUGCAGUGGGACGUGAGCGGUUUGGAGGAGACGGGCGCAGCACGAGCGAUCGUGUUUGCCGAUGAGAACGGUGGGUCGUGGUUCGAGAAGCUUGCGGCGGUGGCGAAUCAAAUCGGUAUCGGACGAGAGAUAACGCGAGAAAAGCUCGCAGUGUGCGCCACAUAUUUACGCUGGAUCAGUACGGGAACGAUCUUAUGUGUGGAGAGCGGCGGGCACAGACGUCCAAACGGUCCUGCUAUGGUGGGACGCGGGAUAUUUAUCAGUCUUGAGCAAAUACAGGGUGCAAUGUAUCGCCACGGCACGAACCUGGGUGAGGUCGAGCGCGCGGUCAUGCGCCACAUUCAUCCGUGGCUCCCGUCCUUCGACGCCGAGUUUACCAGUUCUGUGCCCCUCACUCGGAUCCGGGACAUUGCGCACAGAAACGACAUUCCGGACGAGUUGAAGAAGACCAUCAAGCACACGAUUCAGAACAAACUGCAUCGUAACGCUGGUCCGGAAGAUUUGAUCACCACCGAAGUCGUGCUCGAACGAAUCACCGCGCGCGAUGGCGAGUACUCGAAAGAUUUCGUUCGUGAGUUCAAGGAGUUUCACAGGGAGCUCAAAAGGUUUUUCAACGCGAGCAACGUGUUUGAGCGAUUGGAACAGCUUAAGGGUACUUUGGACGCGGACACAGAGGCACUCAUAGACGAUCUCGGCGCCGCACAGAGACGAUUACAUGAGUCCACGGAAGGUGGUUGGUUCGGGGAGGAGGGUGAUGCACUUCGACGCGCGCUCGAGGUGACAACAACGCUCAGAACCUUCUUUUGCGCCGGUCUCAGCACCGGCUUGCGAAACGACGCGCCGGACGAAUCAGUUCGCCAGCGACAAGUUUGGAGACAGGCAGAACUCGCGAUGGAAGAGUACGCGUUCGUUUUGCUCUCGCGAUGCAAUAACCUCAUGGAGGAACAGAGCGCUCUAGGAGUUGAGGGCGAGAACGCUUGGCGUUUGGCUGCGAACGUCUCUGCAUUCGCGCUGAAACACAUUUCUCUCUCUGGAUGGAAAUCGCUCGAGGCGGGUAUCCUUGCACGAGAGCUUGUUGCAUGGUGUGACUCUCACGCGAGUGGCGACAAGGAUUCGGCGAUCAGACUCAAGGCGUCGUUACAGCGUGCUAAGAGACUCAUCGAUUCGCACACGCACGCCAUCAUGAGUGGAUUUGGUGAUUCUCCCACGCAACUCGCUUCGGCAUUUGGGUUUGACGCGCACAUAGGAGCGACGUUCGUGGAAUCAAUUGUUCGAGCGGGUGUGCCUUUCCAGUUGUCUCGAACGAUAGAGAUGCUUUCUGAAGGUGUGGAACGCGAUAUCGACGGCGAUGGUUUUGAUCCAAUCGUUCUUGGGUCUGCGAGGGGCAGGCUCGUUCUUUUGAAUCGACUGAAUCCAGAAUCGGUACAAGCUUGCGGCGAAGCGGAUAUCAUAGCUUUUGUGGAUGAAAUUGACGGUGACGAGGAGAUUUCGUCGGCGGGGAAGAAUGUGAAGGGGGUGAUUUUAUCGCGAGAGCUGGCGCAUUUGUCCCAUCUCGCCAUUCGAGCUAGACAAGAGGGAAUUCCUCUCGUGAGCGCAUUGAGCGUAGAAGCGCGGACGAAAGUGGGCGACCGCGAAGGAAAUGACACCAUCAUACGCGUCGACGCACUGAGGACGGAACUGAGAGAUUUUGAUAGAACGCGCGACUCGCAUGAGACUGGUGAAGAUCUUUCUCACGCUGCGGUUUCGCCGACCGUGUGUGAAAUGGUUGACCACAUCAAGUGGUUACCUCUGCAAGAGGCAUCGACUUCGAACGCUGGUGCCAAAGCAACGAUGUGUAGCCGACUCACGAAGAUUUCGAGCGAGACUGGUACAUUCAAGGCGCCGAGUGGUUUUGUGCUUCCUUUCGGCUCGAUGGAGGCUUCGAUGAGAGACUCGAGUCGAUUUGAUGAGCUUCUCACUACGCUCGAGAGCUCGAAGACGCCGAGUGAGAUCGAUGAUGCGUGUUUGAUGAUGCAAACAUUUAUUGCAGCGAAUAUUCCGGACGAAGAUGUCGUGGAAGAGGCGUGUGCGACGCUAGACCAAAACGCGCGCCUCGUCGUUCGUUCGAGUGCUAACGUGGAAGAUUUGAGCGGCAUGUCCGCGGCAGGUUUGUACGAGAGCGUCAUCGGUAUCGACGCGAACGACGUCAAGGGUGUGCGACUCGCAAUCGCAGAGGUGUGGGCGUCGCUUUACUCGCGUCGAGCGGUUCUCGCGAGACGCGCCGCCGGCGUGCCUCAAUCGGAGGCGCGCAUGGCUGUAUUGGUGCAAGAGUUGUCGCCGAACGCAGUUUCCUUCGUGCUGCACACGCAAAGCCCGAUUCGCGGCGCAAAGUCAGUUCAAGCCGAGCUUUGCGUAGGUCUCGGCGACACCCUCGCGAGCGGCGUCGAUGGCACACCAUGGCGCUUUGAAAUCGACCGCUCAACUGGUGCUGUCGAUGUUCUCGCGUACGCCAAUCAUUCGACGUCAAUGAGAUGUCGCUACGGCGCUCCAACGCACGGAAAGGUGACGAACGAGGCAGUAGACUACAGUCGACAAGAGCUCAGCACGAGUGAGGAGGCGAGAACGCGUCUGGCGGCGAGCCUGUUAAGCAUCGCGACAGAGCUCGAACUCGAUCUCGGGUGCGCGCAAGACGUCGAGGGCGGCGUGUGCGGAGACGACAUCGUAAUCGUUCAGACGCGCCCGCAGCCGAUCACGCGAUGA